AUGGCUGGUGGAUUGAUGAGAUACAGAACGCUCGGUCGCGACUCCGCACAUCGAAAAGCUCUCCUACGAAAUCUUGUCACAUCGCUGUUCAAACACGAAUCAAUAUCGACAACAUGGCACAAGGCGAAAGAGGCCCAGCGAUGGGCGGAAAAGCUUAUCACACUUGCGAAGCGUGACACACAGGCAUCAAGACUUAGUGCGAUGGGCAAAGUCUUUGAGCCCGAAAUAGUCAUGCCCAUUCUUUUCAACAAACUUGGAAAACGAUAUGCGGACAGACCUGGAGGAUACACCCGAGUGCUUCGGAUAGAGCCCGAGAAGGAGGAUCAAGCGCCCUCCGCCAUUCUCGAGCUCGUAGACGGACCCAAGGACAUGCGCCUUGCGCUUACUGCGCGGACAAUCGCCUUCGGUCAGAGCCAGGCAGAGGAGGAGAACCGUGAAUUUGAAAUCACGGAUAUGACAGCACACAACAUCAUGAAGGUGACGCGGUUCCGGAAAAAUGGCGACGAGGAUUUACAUGAGAUGGUCAAGAAAUUCAAGGAUCUGCACGACAAGGGCGACGAGGGCGUUGAAGAGAUCAAGAAGAGGAGAGUCUAUCCUGAACUGCUGCGAAGUCGAUGA